GUUUCGAUUAGGUCAGGUUAGAUUGUAAAUUAACUCACGGCGUUGUCUCUCCAUCGUCUCUUUAACACCGCUCCUUUUACAAUGGAAAUGUAAAUACGAGACGUUUGCUUCAUUAUCAUUUAUUAUUCCUUUGCUUACAAUAGAAGGAGCAUUAACCCCUCGAGAACAGUGACAAGGGCGAAAGAUUCGAGAAUGGGCGAUAUAAAAUCCUUUUUUCACCAGUGGUGUGCGAAAAACGGCAAAGAGCCGCAAUUUGACGUUAGGCCAACAGGACCAAAGCACAGGCAGCGCUUCCUCUGCGAGCUGCGAGUACCCGGCUUCGACUACGUCGGGGCGGGGAACUCGACCAACAAGAAGGACGCGCAGGGGAACGCCGCGAAGGAUUACGUUAACUACUUGGUGCGUACGAAUCGCGUGAAUCCGGGCGACGUGCCGAAGGACACCUCGGCGCCGCCGGCGAUGGCGCCAGACAGCGCUGUUAAGAACGACGUCCCGAUGCCGGCGAUGAGAUCGGUGUUCCAAGGCGGCAUGGGGCCGAACGACAUCGGCCAGGCGUACAGGCCGUACAACGAGCGCGGCCAGAGUAAUUACACGUACAUGGACAGGUUGGCCGAUCAGAAGAGAGUGGAAGACGCGGAGGAUGUCGACGUGAACUCCGGGAUACACGGCAAUUGGACGAUAGAAAACGCCAAGUCCAAGCUCCAUCAGUUUAUGCAAACUAACAAAAUUAAUGCCGAUUACAAAUAUACUCCGGUCGGUCCGGAUCACACGAGGAGUUUUAUGGCAGAAAUGACACUUUAUAUUAAGCAACUUGGACGAAGUAUAACUGGCCGCGAAACUGGAUCAAACAAACAAACAGCUUCAAAGAGUUGUGCUUUAUCUAUUGUUCGCCAACUGUAUCAUCUAGGUGUAAUUGAAGCAUUUAGUGGUACAUUAAAAAAAAAUAAGGACGCUGAGCAAAUGAAACCUUAUCCUGUCAAAAUUUCGCCAGAACUGGAGACUCAGAUUCACGAUGUUCUAAUGAGCUUGGAAAUAAAGCCAAUUGAUAUUCAGCCAUUUUUUGUAAAAGAAGAAAACACAUCUGCAAUAAAAGAUCAAAAUGGUCCAUCAACUACUGGCGUAUCUUUGUUGACAAAUCAAGUUUUGGAUGAUUUCAUAUCUUCUGUACCGCAACCCGCCGGUGUCGUAAGCUGGUCUCCACCUCAGCCAAAUUGGAAUCCAUGGACGGGAUGCAAUAUAGAUGAAGGACCAUUGGCGACAACGUCUCUGGAUCGGCUGUCAGAAGAUUUGAUGAACGAACAGCGUGACAAGCUGCAGCAAGAUUCCAGUUUGCAAGCGAGCAUCAAGGACAGAUCGAGUCUGCCCGUUUUUACCAAGAAAAACGAGAUCAUGAAUGCGGUUAAUGAAAAUCCGAUUAUUAUCAUACGCGGUAACACGGGCUGCGGUAAAACCACGCAGGUUUGCCAAUUCAUUCUGGACGAUUAUAUCGCAUCCGGCCAAGGUGCGUACUGCAGCAUAGUUGUCACACAGCCCAGAAGAAUCUCGGCCGUGUCCGUGGCCGAUCGUGUUGCUAUCGAGAGAUGCGAGACUCUGGGACAGUCGAUCGGAUAUUCCGUGAGAUUUGAAUCGUACUUGCCGAGGCCCUACGCCAGCAUAAUGUUUUGUACUGUCGGUGUGCUCUUGAGAAAGCUCGAGGGCGGCCUUAGGGGCGUGUCACACGUUAUCGUCGACGAAAUUCACGAGCGAGAUGUCAAUUCGGACUUUAUCAUGGUGGUACUCAGAGACAUGAUCCACCUUUAUCCCGAUCUCAGGAUUAUCCUCAUGUCGGCCACAAUCGACACGACGUUGUUCAGCGAGUACUUCAACAACUGUCCCGUGGUGGAGAUCCCCGGCAGAGCGUAUCCCGUCCAGCAAUAUUUCCUGGAGGAUUGUAUACAGUUGACGAAUUUCGUUCCGCCUACAAGUUCUGGGAAACGCAAAUCCAAGGAUUCGGACGAGUUUCCGAUGACGGAUGGAGAGCCGGAAGAAAAUCUAAACAAAGUCAUCGGCAAUAAUUACUCUAUCGAAACGAAAAACGCUAUGGCGCAGUUAACGGAGAAAGAGAUAAGCUUCGAGUUAAUAGAGGCGCUACUUAUGUACGUAAAAAAUCAGGAGAUCCCGGGUGCUGUGCUGAUCUUCCUUCCCGGUUGGAAUUUGAUAUUCGCCUUGAUGAAACAUCUUCAGCAACAUCCUGUCUUUGGCGGAGGGUCUUAUCUGAUUAUUCCGCUACACUCGCAAUUACCGAGAGAAGAUCAACGUAAAGUCUUUGAUCCCGUACCAUCAUUUGUGACGAAGAUUAUCUUGUCCACAAAUAUUGCAGAAACUUCGAUCACGAUCAACGAUGUCGUCUACGUCAUAGAUUCUUGCAAAGCCAAGAUGAAGCUGUUCACCUCGCAUAAUAAUAUGACUAAUUACGCGACCGUUUGGGCCAGUAAAACGAAUCUGGAACAACGCAAGGGUAGAGCGGGCCGCGUUAGACCCGGCUUCUGUUUCCAUCUGUGCUCGAAAGCUCGAUUCAACAGGAUGGACGAGCACAUGACGCCGGAAAUGUUCAGGACGCCUCUGCACGAGCUGGCGUUGAGCAUCAAGUUGUUAAGAUUAGGCAAUAUCGGCCAAUUCUUGUCGAAGGCGAUCGAGCCGCCUCCCAUUGACGCCGUGAUCGAAGCGGAAGUCGUGUUAAGAGAAAUGAAGUGCUUGGAUAAAAACGACGAAUUAACGCCUCUCGGCAAGAUUCUGGCGCGUUUACCUAUAGAGCCGCGGCUGGGAAAAAUGAUGAUCCUAGGCUGCAUGUUCCGCGUUGGCGACGCGCUCUCGACGAUGGCCGCGAACAGCACCACUUUCCCGGAGGUGUACAACAUGGGCCCGGACGUGAGAAGGUUGACCACUCAGCAAAAGUGGUUCGCCGGUGCCAGAUUUAGCGACCACGUCGCGAUGUUCCACGCUUUUCAAGCGUGGGAGGAAGCGAGAGCUAACGGCGAAUGGGCAGAACAGACGUUCUGCGACUCGAAAAGCCUGAGUCUACCGACUUUGCGAAUCACCUGGGAAGCUAAGAAUCAGCUGCAAGCGCUAUUGCAGAGCGCCGGUUUUCCCGAGGAGACUCUGUGCCCCACCCCGUUAAAUUAUCAAGCGAGCGCGGACCCGCGUCUCGAUACCAUCACCGCGCUACUGUGCAUGGGCCUGUACCCCAAUGUGUGCUAUCACAAGGAGAAGCGGAAGGUUCUCACUACGGAAUCGAAGGCCGCGCUGAUUCACAAGACGUCGGUGAAUUGCAGUAACUUCGAGCAGAACUUUCCGUUCCCGUUCUUCGUGUUCGGUGAAAAGAUUCGCACGAGAGCCGUGUCUUGCAAACAGAUGACCAUGGUGUCUCCUAUACAUCUGUUGCUGUUUGGAUCGCGGAAGGUAGAAUAUGUGGACGACGUGAUUAGAUUAGACAACUGGAUCAACUUAGACAUGAAUCCGCAACACGCAGCGGCUAUAGUUGCUUUGCGACCCGCUCUAGAGAGUCUCGUGGUUCGGGCAUCCAAGGAUCCGGAAACGAGCUUAGAAUUGAGUCCAACCGAAGAAAAGGUGUUGAGCGUGAUUAAGGCGUUAUGCAGCAUGAACGCUUGUCGUCACGAGCUGGAACCGAUAACCGGCGGUGGUUUCCAACCGCGAAAGAGGGAACACGUACCGAUUUAUCGCUCCAAUUAUAACAAUCCUCCGAAAAUAAUGCGAGGAAGCGGCGGUUACCACGGUCCGACCUCGAAUAACGAGUCCUACGGCGAGGGUAGCGGUUUCAGGGGCGGUCACCGCGGCGGUGGUUACAGAGGAGGCUACAACAACAAUAGGGGAUAUGGUCGGGGUGGAAACUGGAACGGCGGUGGCGGAUUUCGCGGACGUUACUAAUUAAUAUUUUGUUCUCUACAUUGUAAUUAUCGUAUUGCUGUUAUACUUUAGACCAGUGCUGUUCAAGAUUUGUAAUGCUGGAUAUUGAUUUUGAAAUAUGUGUUUACCUACGGUUUCUGUUUUUAUCUCCAGCAAGAAAAAGAAAGGCAAUAAGCAUAAAUACCGAUGUACUUCAAAUUAAUAGCCUAGAAUUAUAAAUCAGCUCUGUUUUAAAUUGUAUGAACUGCUUUAGGUAUAUAAGUUCAUGUUGAUAUUACAUAAUUAUAUAAUAAUGUAAUAAGGUGACAGAUGAUAAUAUUUAAUUUCAUGUAAUGUAUAGA